CUGUGGACUUUAAUGAAAAAUAUGUUGGAGACCAGUAUGCUUUCUUGUUGAGGACUUUCCAAAUGUUCUGGAAGCAGAGAUCCAGCCCAGAUCACUCCAGGGGACUAAUCCCUGAAUAAUGUUGUCCUCUGACAUGCACACAUAUUUUCUGAUGGUUCUCUUGACCUUGGAACUGGCUGAUGACCGUUUGUUUUACAGACUAUAACAAAGAAGUAUCCCCCCCCCCCCUGCUCCCAUAUCUGACCAAAAUGUGAUUUCUUUUCCUGGAAGUGGUCUUUCUGUUGGUAGAGACAGUUCAAGGACAUCGCAGUAAAGCUGGUUCCUUGCCUUAUUCCUUUUCUGUCUCUCCACUGCUAGUAGGUUUUUAGUAUUUAUGGUCAAGGAGACCUGGAUAUUGUUUUUGUAUAAUUGGUGCAGGGCUCAGGAGGAACAACAAAUUAUUUAAUUGGGUAAACCAUAGAUCAGGAAUCGGGGAGCUGCUGGUAGCUUUGUGAACUUGAGUGUGUCAUUUGAAUUCUCUGGACCUUGUUCUUCUUUUUCCUCUUGUUCAGUAGAGAAUUUACCUAGCUUUAAAGAGAUACAGAGGCACUGUGGACAGCACUGGUGACUGCUGGUCACCCCUGUUGGCUGGUGUGACUCAGGGUGACCAUGCUUCGAUAUUGUCAGUGGGUAUGUGUCACCAGAGGUUGCCAGAAGCCCCUGUUUUUCACCCACAACUAACAACGUGGCAGAAGUUCAGCAGAUGCUAGGUAACAGGCAGCUGAAAGGAACAAGGAGGUUUCUCUGCAUAGGAAGGGAGGCUCAUGGGAGUUUGUGCAAGUAAGAGAGGUGAGGGAUGGAUUUCAGUUGAGCUUGUAAAAGUCUCAUUCCCACUAUCUAGAGGUUGAUGUCUACCUUGUAGGUGCACUGAGAUUUGGGUGACCUUUUUUGGGCUUUCCUUACUAUGUACACAUUAGCCUUUUUUUUUCUCUUUUUGUGGUAGUUUGUGCUGCAGCAAUCUAAUGCAAGAAACAAACAGCAGAGCAAGAAGUCAGCUAGGAGCUGGGAGGGGCUGUCAGCAUUUCCCUCCUUCGCUCCUGACUUAACUAUGCAUCUCUUCUCUUCAGAACUUCAGCUGACUGUUGAUUGAAUCGGAGUGUUUCUGCUUUCCUCACACAUGCCAGAACAUUGCUGUUGGCUACCACCUAGAGACCUCGUGACCAAGAGUAGGAACUCAAAGGUGGACAUCUUGGGCCAGGACUUUCCUGUAGGAGCGCUGGUCCUCCUGGUGUGGUCUGCACAUCAGCAGCGACACCUGGAACUUAAAAUGCAUCCUCUUCGCCCCCACUGCAGUUCUGCUGAGUCAGACACUGGUGGUGUAGGGCCUACAGAGACGACAACACGUGCCCGAAGGCGAGGAGCACUGUGCCAGAGAGGAGCCUCCAAGUCCCAAUAGUGGUCUCCCUGUCCGGGUCCUGGUGGCCGGCGAGCCAGCUGCUCUCUCCUGUGCCAUCAGCUCCCACACCUACCAGGAAUCCACCUGAGGCCAAGACUCCAUUCGCAGAGUGAAGAUGGAGAGAAGAAGCUUUUUCCGUGUGUCCUUCCAACAAGUCAGAUGACAGAUGAGGAGAGACUGAGGUUCGGAGUUGAAGUGAACUUACCCAAAGUCACACUACUAACAUGUGCCAGGAUCAGAAUUUAGACCCAAGUCUGUCUGCCCCCAGCUAGAAAGACUUGAGUUAGACAAGCAGAAGCACACGCCUCCUGCCUCAUGGCGACAGAAAACGGAGCAGUCGAGCUGGGAAUCCAGAGCCUGUCAACAGAUGAGGCACCUGAAGGGGCUGCAGGCGAAGAGUCCUCGGCUGUGGAGAAAGACCCUGCUCCCCCAGACCCAGAGAAGGGUCCUGGCCCCUCAGACACAAAGGAAGAUCCUGAUCCAUCCACGCCGAAGAAAGACGCCAACACCCCUGCUCCAGAGGAAGGGGAUGUUGCCCCAGCCCAACCCUCAGCCGGCGGCAGCCAGGGUCCUGCGGGAGAGGGCAGCCAGGGUGAGGCACCUGCGGAGGGCAGUGCCGGGCAGCCAGCGGCCCUGCCCCAGCAGACUGCGACGGCCGAGGCCAGCGAGAAGAAGCCAGAGGCCGAGAAAGGCCCCUCGGGCCACGAGGACCCAGGAGAGCCCAAGGUGGGCAAGAAGGUAGCAGAGGGCCAAGCCGCCACCAGGAGAGGCUCACCCGCGUUUCUACACAGCCCCAGCUGCCCCGCCAUCAUCACAAGCACCGAGAAGCUGCCGGCCCAGAAGCCCCUCAGCGAGGCAUCAGAGCUCAUCUUUGAAGGGGUGCCCGCAACCCCCGGCCCCACCGACCCCGGACCAGCCAAGGCAGAAGGAGGGGUGGACUUGCUGGCAGAGAGCCAGAAGGAAGCAGGAGAGAAAGCCCCAGGCCAGGCUGACCAGGCUAAGGUGCAAGGGGACACCUCAAGGGGGAUCGAGUUCCAGGCUGUUCCCUCAGAGAGACCAAGCUCGGAGGUGGGGCAGGCCCUCUGUCUCCCAGCCAGAGAGGAGGACUGCUUCCAGAUUUUAGAUGAUUGCCCGCCACCCCCAGCCCCGUUUCCCCACCGCAUCGUGGAGCUGAGGACAGGAAACGUCAGCAGUGAAUUCAGCAUGAACUCCAAGGAGGCGCUGGGCGGGGGCAAGUUUGGAGCAGUCUGCACCUGCACAGAGAAAGCCACGGGCCUCAAGCUGGCAGCCAAGGUCAUCAAGAAACAGACCCCCAAAGACAAGGAGAUGGUGAUGCUCGAGAUCGAGGUCAUGAACCAGCUGAACCACCGCAACCUGAUCCAGCUGUACGCGGCCAUCGAGACGCCGCACGACAUCGUGCUGUUCAUGGAGUACAUCGAGGGUGGCGAGCUCUUCGAGAGGAUCGUGGACGAGGACUACCAGCUGACCGAGGUGGACACCAUGGUGUUCGUCAGGCAGAUCUGCGACGGGAUCCUCUUCAUGCACAAGAUGCGGGUGCUGCACCUGGACCUCAAGCCAGAGAACAUCCUGUGCGUCAACACCACGGGCCAUUUGGUGAAGAUCAUUGACUUUGGCUUGGCACGGAGGUAUAACCCCAACGAGAAGCUCAAGGUGAAUUUUGGGACCCCAGAGUUCCUGUCACCUGAGGUGGUGAAUUACGACCAAAUCUCCGAUAAGACAGACAUGUGGAGUUUGGGGGUCAUCACCUACAUGCUGCUGAGCGGCCUCUCCCCUUUCCUGGGAGAUGAUGACACCGAGACCCUAAACAACGUGCUGUCCGGCAACUGGUACUUCGACGAGGAGACCUUCGAGGCUGUAUCGGACGAGGCCAAAGACUUCGUCUCCAACCUCAUCGUCAAGGAGCAGGGGGCCCGGAUGAACGCUGCCCAGUGCCUCGCCCACCCCUGGCUCAACAACCUGGCGGAGAAAGCCAAGCGCUGUAACCGACGUCUCAAAUCCCAGAUCUUGCUUAAGAAAUACCUCAUGAAGAGGCGCUGGAAGAAAAACUUCAUUGCCGUCAGCGCCGCCAACCGCUUCAAGAAGAUCAGCAGCUCCGGGGCACUGAUGGCUCUAGGGGUGUGAGCCCCGAGCAGCGGAG